CCUCCCUCUCUCUUGAAGCGAAGCGAAGGCAGCCAUGGAAGCGAUGCUGGCGGACUGCGUGCAGAACAGCCUGCGGCACUUCAUGUACCGGAACGCCAUCUUCAUGUGCGAGCGCCUGUGCGCCGAGUUCCCUUCCGAGGUGAAUCGGCAAUUGUUAGCUGGUUGCUACCUGCACAACAAUCAAGCUUACUGUGCUUACCAUAUUCUGAAGGGGACACAGAUGCCUCAAUCACGCUACUUGUUUGCAAUAUCGUGUUUUCAGAUGGAUCUGCUCAAAGAGGCCGAGUCAGCAUUAUGCCCUGCCAAUGAGCCCGGGGCAGAGGUUCCAAAUGGUGCUGCUGGUCACUACCUUCUUGGCCUUAUCUACAGAUAUACUGAUAGAAAGAGAGGUGCCAUCCAUCACUUCAAGCAAGCUCUGUCAACAGAUCCUUUAUUGUGGGCUGCAUAUGAGGAGCUCUGUGCCUUAGGUUCUGCUGAAGAAGCGGCUGCAGUUUUCGGUGAGGCAGCUGCUGCUUGUAUUCAUAAGCAAUACUUGCCCAAUGGGUUUUCCCCUCAAAAUGCAGAUAUGUCAAGUGAGGAUCACAACUUAAAUACAGCCAGGAGGUCAAUGGAUGAUGUGAGCUCAAGGCAACUGAAACAAAUGCUAGGCAAUAAUGCAAGAGAUGUUGCCGGAAGCUACCAUGGAACUACUGCGUCUUCCCGAGGUUCUGGUCAGCCUCUAAACGGUGGAUCUUCUCAGUUGUCUCAAUAUAAUACUCCUUCCCCAGUUGCUACACAGUCUCUGCAGUUGUCAUGUGCUGCACCCCCACCACCGUGUAGAAAUUUGCAGCCAAAUGGACCAAACUUGAGUGCACUUGGCGUUGAUAGCUCCCCAAGGUCAACUGUAAACUCGACGAUUCAAGCUCCUCGAAGAAAGUUUGUAGAUGAAGGAAAAUUGCGAAAGAUAUCGGGAAGAUUGUUUUCUGAUUCUGGUCCUCGACGAAGUACAAGACUUGCUGGAGAUGCAGCGGCAAAUGCAACUACAAAUGCAACAUCAGCUGCUGGAAAUGGUGCUAGCAACUCCUCUAAGUAUCUUGGAAGUUCAAAACCGAGUUCUGCAGCACUUCGUGCAGUGACCUUCCGAAAAGGACAGUCUUGGGCUGGUGAAAAUUCUGAUGAAGGAGUACGGAAUGAGGUUACUGAUGAUUCUCGUUUCAAUCCUACAUUGGCAAAUUUUUCUUGUCCUUCGGGGGACAAUAGAACCUUUGAUCAAGAAGGAGCAAGUAUGCCUGUUGCUGGGCCUGUACUGACUAGUGCAAGGGUUUUAACUGGCACAGCAGAAGUAUUAGGUCUGCUAAGAUUAUUCGGGGAAGCCUAUAGGCUUUCCUGCAUGUACAGAUGUCAGGAUGCACUAGAUAUUUACUCAAGACUUCCACACAGGCAUUACAAUACAGGCUGGGUGCUUUCACAGGUUGGCAAAGCGUACUUUCAGUUGGUCAAUUAUAUGGAAGCUGAUCAAGCCUUUAAUCUCUCUCGUCGCGCAUCUCCCUACAGUUUAGAAGGAAUGGAUAUUUACUCAACUGUUCUUUAUCAUUUGAAGGAAGAUAUGAAGUUAAGUUACCUAGCUCAAGAGCUGAUCGCAGCAGACCGUCUAGCUCCUCAAUCAUGGUGUGCCAUGGGUAAUUGCUAUAGCUUGCAGAAGGACCAUGAAACUGCUCUGAAGAAUUUCCAGCGAGCGGUGCAGCUGGAUUCAAAAUUUGCAUAUGCCCAUACUCUUUGUGGUCAUGAGUAUGUAUCUUUGGAGGAUUUUGAAAAUGCGAUUAAAAGUUAUCAGACUGCCCUUAGAGUCGAUGCUAGACACUAUAAUGCCUGGUAUGGGCUUGGAAUGGUUUAUCUUCGCCAAGAGAAGUUUGAGUUCUCAGAGCAUCACUUCCACAUGGCUUUUGAGAUAAAUCCAUGUUCUUCAGUUAUAAUGUCAUACCUUGGAACAGCUUUGCAUGCCUUGAAGAGAAGCAAGGAAGCUUUGAUGAUGAUGGAGAGAGCUAUUUUAGCUGAUAGAAAGAACCCUCUUCCCAUGUAUCAGAAGGCUAAUAUACUCAUCAGCCUGGAAAAGCUUGACGAAGCCUUAGAAGUCCUAGAGGAGCUUAAAGAAUAUGCCCCUCGAGAAAGCAGCGUAUAUGCUCUGAUGGGCAAGAUUUACAAGUCACGGAACAUGCAUGCGCAGGCCAUGCUACAUUUUGGCCUUGCUCUGGAUUUAAAACCAUCAGCAACUGAUGUUGCCACCAUUAAGGCUGAGAUAGAAAAGUUGCAUGUCCCAGAUGAAGUAGAAGAUUGCUUAUAGUUUUAAUCAAAGCUGGGAAGUUCAGAAGAGACCAUGAUGCACAUUAUCCGGCUCUGAUCGCUUGGCCUUGAUGCUUGCGCUUUCAAGGGAUGGCAAACAUAAUUGAUUAGUCCUCGAUCCAUCGAACAAAUAGUGCCCCUUCCGGCGGGCAGGUUCCUCGAUCUCAGUUUUGUAGGUUACUGGGUCAUUGACGGGGUGAAUCGGCUAAACAAAGGUAAGGCUGACUCACAUGUAUGCACAUCUGUACCAUGUCAAAAUGUAGUAGACGCUACAUUCAUCUGCUUCAACCUUUUUUCAGGCAUUUUUACUGCUCAUUUUAAGACGCAAUGCCUUUUACAAAAUCUAGAGGAGGCACCUCCGUCAAUUCUCGCCA